AUGUCCUUCACUGCAGAAGACAGUGACCAGAUAUCACCAUGUCAAAGUCCUUUCAAGCAGCAGGACAGUUUCUUGGUCAGUCUCCCAUGGCAUUCCAAGGAGUCAGGGACACUGGGUAGAUUUGAGUCUAGCUCAUCUGUGCACAGUCAACCUCUGUCACACAGUCCUAAUUUUUUUACUAAAAGUGGCUCAGUCUUUUUGGUCAUUGGAGAGCCCUCUCCAAAACAUGAAAUGUACUCUUUAGAAUUGUACAUUCUCUUUAGACCCUUUGAAUCCUGUUAUCCAUCAAGAAUUCUCAUUGAGAAGACAGAUAACACACUUCUACUUUGGUUAACAAACUGUCAAGAAAUGAAUACAACAAAAUCAGCAAACCCAACUUGGGACUAA